CAGGACACAUCAGUUCCAAGUUGUACUUGGUCGGGAUUAGCCGCGCUUGUUCCGAGAGCGAAACAUUGUGCCGUCGAGUGUCAGUUUCAAGUCGUGUAGUCCCCAGUGCGUACCCAGUGUACCAUUCACAGCGUGAAAGUCAGCGCGAGUGUGCCGUCUGAGUAAGCUGUCAAUAGCGCUCCACUACAGCCUAAAACGGAUACCAGUGCUCUUGCUGCGUCGGUACGGGCUGAGCUUCUUGAGCAGUGUUAGUGUGUGUGUGUGUAUGUGUGUGUAAGUUAGUGUGUUUGUGCUCCGUCCAGAGAGGACCCUUGGCCGGUCGACCCCGGUGCAAGAGCAGUCGAAAAGACGAUCCCACCGUGUUGCGGGCACCGGACUCCAUCCACCGGACUUGUGUGUGAGCUUGUUCGAGCGAGCGUAACCGAUUCUAGAGCAAACAAGAUCAACCGUUCCACCGUUCGCCAUUGAAGGAAGGACGCGCAGGUGAACCGGUCGAACGGACAACAACCAUCGCAAUGAUGGGAAACGGUGCGAGGAGUUUGGCCAGCUGCUGGACGCUGCUGCUUUUCACGUUGCUGCUAAGCUGCGGAUUAAGCCACAGCUUCCCGGAGCCAUUUAUUUCAACAAUUGAUACUGACGCACCAACCGUCGCACCGAAAUUUAUGACUCGAGGGCAUCUCUACAAGGCUAUCAUCGGCGACUCGAUCGAGCUGCCGUGCAAAGUAAAGGAUCUGGGGUCGUACGUGCUGCUGUGGCGUCGGGGGACCUCGGUGCUUACGGCGGCUAAUUUAAUGGUGACACGUGAUCCAAGAUUCAAGCUGGUCGAGGGCUACAACCUGCAGAUAGCGAACGUGAAAAUCCAGGACGCCGGUGAUUAUAUCUGUCAGAUCGGCGAUAACGAAAGCCGGGACCAGGUCCACACGCUCGAGAUACUGGUGCCACCCACCAUACGCGUCGUGCCCCAGAAUCGACAAAUCACCGCCCGGAAGGGCAGCACGGUCACGCUGGAAUGCAAAGCGUCGGGCAACCCGGUGCCGGCCAUCUACUGGCACAAGAAGGACGCGUUCAGUGGAUCGUCGCACCUGUCGGAAAGCCCAACACUGCUGCUGGAGCGUGUCGAUCGCCACCAUGCCGGUGUGUACCAGUGUACCGCGGACAACGGCGUCCGGGAAUCGGUCCACGUCGACAUCGAUGUCACGGUUCUGUCACCACCGGACAUUACCGUCGAGAAGACGUGGGUUCAUGCCAGCGAGGGCUUCGACAUCGAUCUCGUAUGCAUCGUGCACGGUGACGUGAACUCGGAGAUGCUGUGGUACCAAAACUCCUUCCUGCUGGAUCCAACCGAUCGGCGGUCGAUGUACUCCAGGGGCGACAAGUACACGCUGAACAUUCGCAACUUUCAGCAGUCCGAUUUCGGCAACUAUAGCUGCGUUGCCGACAAUGCCUUGGGUCGGACGAAAAAGUACAUCGAAGUUUCCGGCCGCCCCGGCCCGGCCGCGUUCCAGUCGCCGGCGUACAGCAACUAUCUGGAUCGGUACAAUCUCACCUACACGAUAGAGUCGAUCCCACCGCUGGACGAGAUAAAGCUACUGUAUCGAAAGUUGAUGAUGAACGAAACAUAUCAACAUCCGGGCAGCUGGGAGGACACCAUUUUAGUGCCAACAUUAACCAGAUCCGAUCCUACACAUUUUAUUAUGUCGCAUGUGAUAAGAGGGCUCUCGCCGAACUCCGUCUACGAGGUAAUGAUUCAGGCGCGGAACGUGCACGGCUGGAACGAGAUUAGUGACAUCCAUCAAUUCUACACGCGAAACUUUGACCUUACGCCGAACGAGCUGGAAUUCGUGAUGAGCUCAAUCUCCAACAGUGGCUACCGGAAGCCGUUCUCCUCGGAGCUGAGUGUUAGAAUGCUUGCCACUUGCUUUAUGCUUGUUCUGCUCAGUUUUUCUCUUGCAAAUCGUUAAGUGAAUCAGUCCCUUGUGGUGUGUCUCCGAAAGAAAAAAGCUAAGUGAUGUAUUAUUAAUUCCAGACCGUGUAAGCUUCACACACCAUGUAACAUAGGUUUGCGGCUCGUGUCAAUGUCAAGGAAACUAUCAAUUGUCCAUUCAAAAGUCUCUCUUUCUGGCAAAUACCAUUUUUAGCAGCAGUAUCUUAAAAGCCAUAAAGAGAGAUAGAGUCUUGUAUGCGUCUGAAGAGGAAGAUGAUGAUGAAUAAGAAGAAGAAGAAGAAAACAAGUGAUAUAGUCAAUAGGAAGCAGUAGCUGUGUGUAGCACUAUGUUUUCCGUUCUCAAUUAUUCCCGUUUUUUUGUGAACUCACUUCACCCAACCCUUAGAUCGUUAGUGUACGAGUGACUAUGGCAUACGUAGGCGUGGUAUCCUUGCUAUAAAUAUUACUCGAACGUAGGAUGAACUGUAUACAAUGGUAAGAAUUGUGUUUUAUGUGCGUAUGUGUGAGAGUGAGCUGAGCGUGGAGUAAAGAUAGAACACGUUAGUAUUAAGCUAGAAGAUGCCGAGCUUGUGGCUGAAAGGCUCCGCCACAGUUCCGUCGUGUGUAGUCGUCGUAUCCUUAGAAGAACAAAAAACUCAUCUUUGUGAAAUUAAUACUAAAACCCCAAUGUCUAUAGCAAUGCGAAGGUGUCUGUCCUUGGGACACAGAAGUCCAUAACAGCUCUUUGAUCUUUGGAGCUGGGGAAAGGUAAUGUACAUAUAGCGCAAAUCCUUUCACUGUUUCUUCCUCUUGAGCAAAUCAGAACCGAGCAGAGCGUUCUGAUGGCACCGAUACAAUUAGCUGCGGGCGUGCAUCGUAAGCACGAUAUCGGCGAAGGAAGGACCAGGGAUUCGCAUCCAUUAGUGAGCGGUUCUCGCCCCCGUUGGCCUCGACGGUCGAUUGUCCACAAAGAUCCCGCUGAUCCCGCUGACUUUCUUUAAUGGACUUUGAUGGAUCGGGCAUGGUGGCACCCGAGCCCUAGGUAAUGGAACAGUGUACACCUUCCCCGUUGGGGUUUGUGCACUGGCGGGUGUCUAGGUGUAAAUUUUUAAUUCAUCAUCCCAACAUCCCUAACCGGAAGCUUUUAUUACCGAGAAUCGCCGAGAGUUGUGAAGUUGUCGUAAACCGGUGACUGCGCGGAAGGGUUAACGAACCGGAGCAGGCGGGAAAAGCGGGAAAGGAGUGCAAACUUACCAAAGCCCUGGGAAACCGUUGAAAAACAAAAGUUUCCUCCAAUUCGGGAUCGAAGACGUUCAAUACGCCGAAGGCGAGCGGGGAAUAAAACUUCCUCCGAAAAACCGGAUGAUGGAUUUUCACGUUUUUCACCUGGCCUCUCCGCCGCCAUUCCGUCCCCAAAAUUGGGCCGGAAAUGGGUUCAGGGAACAGGCUUUGGAGGAAAGUUUGCCAGGCUUUUAGAACAAAAAAAAAUAAAGAGGCCAACCGAACGAAACCGUAGACCACCACAAACCUCCGGAUUCACCCAGGGAGCUUUCGCCGGCUUUCCGGGGCCUGUGGAUGUGGUUAAGGCGUUAAAAGAAAAGCAUUCCACUCGGGUGGGUUGGUGUAUCGGGCGGGGAUGGGUGUUAAUGCUCGGUAAAGUGUUUGCACUUUCCCAUGUGGCUGGGGCAAAGCUUUCAAAUCCAUUCGUGUGUUCCGUGGCGAGGGCGUGGAUGCACGAUGAGGCAAAACAGGAAGGACAUCAAACCCAAUCGGCCCAAACAACAGCCAAUGCCGACAACAGCGGCAAGACGGGAAGACAAAAGAUUCGAUUCUCGAGAAAAUGAUGAAUCUUUGAUUAAAAACACUAAAGUGCCUUAUCUACGAGUAGAUUGAGAAUCGCUUUUGUCGCCCGGUGGAGAUUGUGGCCGGCCGUAAGCGGACGGGGUGAGCAUUUGUGAGAAGAGAUUGCUCCUUUUUUACUGUGAAGCUAAGAAAUCAUUUCCAAAUGGUGGAUUGAAUGCUUUCAAGUGCUUUAUAUAUUUGCGUUAAUUUGUGUGUUUGUUUUAGAAGCAUUGCAAUCCAAUAGUUUUUCAAUCGAAUUGAAGAUAUAGUUCAAAUAGGUUAUGUUGUUCGCUCGUGAAGUACAUGCAAAGAACCCAUGCACAACGGCAUAGAUGUGUCAUUUUCACUUGCUACAUAAUCGUUAAGCUAGUGCGUCCGGCGUCAUAAGCCGCAAGGCAAACAUUUUCGCAACAUUUGCUAGAGCGAAACUCAUCUCGCCCAUGUCCCGAUGCCUCCCUUAUCCACUCUCGGCCACAUAGAAUAUGUAUCAUCAAUAGCAUUAGUCUGGAAGCUGUGCUGUGUGUUCGAACUUGUGAGCUGGAGGCAAGCUUAAUUGCGUCAACAUUGGAACAUUGGGCGGUGUAUCAGUAAACUUGCACUGUACAUAAUUCGUACAAAUAUCGUAAAACCAUCGCCUCCUUCCCCCCAUCACCAUCACCUUCGCUCUUCUUCAUUCAGCUAUCGUUGUAAGGCACCAAAACCCCAGGCAAUUUUGUGUCCCUCCCUGCACCCUAGAAGUAGACUUAAGUAGCCGUGCGUCUCGUGCGUAGCCGAUUUGUGAUCCAUCCCGAGUUCGAUCGAUUGCAGGUAGAGGAGAAUGUACAUAUUGAGCAGGUGUAGGCUAUAUGUAGCGAAUGAUACGCUCAUUGGAAUCAAGGGUCAAAUGAAUCAUUCAGUAUGAAAAAAUAGCAAAAAAGUGACAAAAAAAAAUCGGAAGAAUCUUAACAAAGCGUACACUAAAACGAAGCAAAUGCAACUCGUGUAAUGCGAAUGGAAAGCAACAGCAAAAAAACCCCGCCCGUCUAGCCCGAUAUAAACGUAAAAUUGUGUAAAAUGUAACAGCCACUAGAAAUAAAUGAAGAUACUAACGAUUAGUUUUGAUGUA